AUGCUCUGGAUCGGAGCCGAUGGGCGCCGGACAGUGGAAGGGACUGGGGAACCCAAGUGGACCUUAGCCUCUUCCCGCCGCAGCCCGGGCCGCCCCAGCCAGCAGCCGGCCCUUACCUGCGGCGGUCACGUGGUGAAGAAGAGCGGUUUGGCCGAAGCUCAGGUCCCGGGCGGCGCGGAGAGCGGCUGUUCCCGGGGGAGCAGCCAGAUGGGGAACUACCCCCAGGUCAGGCCAAACUCUGUCUUGAUUUUCACUUCGAAAAAGAAAUCAAAUUGGCUGUCUGCUGAGCCACUAAUUGGGAAUGCCAACUUCUCAUUCAUUCAUUCCUUGUUCUUCAAAUGCUUAUGGAGAUCCUACUUUCAACAAGGCAGAGCGCGCAUAUCAGGUGGCACUGUGCCCUCUGGAGACCACUGGGAACGCAGGGCCCAGGGAGAAAGCUACACGAGCUUCAUCCUGGAAGAGAAUUGGAUCAAUAGACAGCACCAUGAGCAGCAGAUCAAGCCCACGGACAUGACCACGUGUCAUCUUGGCCCUGCUUUCAACAUCCCCAAGCAUUCUCAUGCUCUUUGUCACGUUGUACCCCACAAUCCUAGGAAGGGGGUCAUUCUCAGGCCUCUUUGACAAGUAGGGAAACUGAGGGGCAGGCAGAGUGAGCAGGGGACUUGCCCAAAGUCUCAAAGCUGGUUGAUGGGGCUGGGCUUCCUCUCCUGCUUUGACCAAUCAGAGUCAUUGGAGGGUUCGGCCACUCACCUCUACAGGCCAUUCUUACUCUCUAUGGUCUUCCUUUCUCUCAACUUUGACCUUUCCCCACCUUGGUUUCUUCCCCCCAUCCCUCACCUUCCUUGUCUCCAUUUUCAGUUUGCUGUGGACAUUGCUUCACACGUUCCUUCCUCCUCAAUGAAUCUGUCUCAGGAUUGCACUUACUUUUCCUUCAAUUUUGCAUUUACAGUAGAAUCCAAUAGAAUUCCAGUGACUGACAAGUGUAUAGGCAUUUUAUGACAAUGAGAACAACGUCAGGCACAAUUUGACCAACAGAACAGUACAUCCAUGUCCAAAAGUGCCCUAUAAUGUGUACUGGAUUAGAAAUCCAGGCUAUGAUUGGGACAGCUGACUCUUCCUUGAGGGACUGGAGAAAACUACAGUAAUAGAGCAUUCUUUCAUAUAGCCCACAACAGAUGUAUUUCAACAAUUCCAUCUUUAUCCCACAAUACCAACCUCCCACCAUAGCUCCAUCACAGCGUUCCUGCACCUUUCCCAAUAUUGUUCAUUUAAUUCCCCCAGAAAAGAACAAAAAGGGGCUUCCCUGGUAGUCCAGUCGUUAAAACUACGCUCUUCCACUGAGAUUCCACAUGCCGCGUGUGCGGUGCAGCCAAAAAAAAAAAAAAAGAAAAGAAAAGAAAAGAAAAUAGAAAAAGAAGUCAAUUUUAUCAACAUAUAUUUGUUCAGGAAUCAAGUCUGCAGACUUUAGGUGCUCUGGGCCUAGAGCAGCUGCUUCUCUCUCCUACUGGUCUCUGUUCCUUCAAGAGAGUAUACGUUAGAUCGUCCCCUGAAAGGAAGGGAAAUUAGCUAAUGAGCAAAUCACCCAAUUUUACCCACUAGGAAUUUUUUUUUGUAGCUCUUAAGUUUGGGAGGAAACUUGACAAUAUCUAUCAAAAGUCCAUGUGCAUGUGCCCUUUGACUCAGCAGUUCUGUUGAUAGUGGCUCACCCAGGGCGGUGAUGAUUUUGUGCAAAUUAGAAAAAAGAACCUCUUCUUCAAGACAUUUUAUGUCUAUCUGCCAAGAAAGUAUCAUAAUAAGUAUUUAAAAUUAUGACGUCCACCUGAAACUAACACAACAUUGUAAAUCAACUCUACUCCAAUAAAAACUUUUAAAAUAUAUAUAUAUAUAAAAUAUUUAAAAAAUAAAGUUAUGAUGUCUACAAAGUGAUUGGUGCCCACACAGAUGAGGCACUUUGUGCAGUGUACAACCUAUGCAACUGUAUACGUUAACCCUGGUUACCUUGUAAAUACAUAUGAAGAAUGACAUCAGGA